AUGGACAUUACUAUCGUUGUCGACUUUGGGAUGACAGGUAGCGCGGCUGAGUGGUUUGAGCUUCCCACAUCUUCGAACAAUCCAAGGAUCAAAGGAGGACAGGUAGGAAAGAUCCCUACACUCAUACGAUACGGAGAGCGCAAUGAGGUGGUUUCUUGGGGAACCGGUGCAGAGAAAUCUCAGGUGGCAGUGGAACAUUCAUUCAAACUCCGCUUUUCUCGCCCAAACACUCGAAGCAAUGCCAGCAAACAUUGUUCUGACUACCUUUAUCACUUUUGCGAUCACGUCGUGCGAGAGAUUAUCAAGAAGGAAGAUACCAUACGAGAGAAGCUCAAGGCUGAGUGGCACUUUACAACACCUGGCAUAUGGGAUGUGUCAACAACCAACGACUUUAGGGUACUUGUAUCCGAGGUCGUACACAAGCUCUUGCCAAACUGCACGGUGGUUGUAGAGCUUACCGAGGCAUUGGCUAGUCAUCUGUUUCUCAAGAACAGAUUUCAACUCGACACUGCAGGGUGGGUAAUAACUUGUGAUAUUGGUGGUGCUACGAUAGACACUGCUGGAUCUAUUAACAGCCAUGAGGUGUUUCCUAUCUUGAGCGAACAUACCCCCAUGCUCAGUGGCGUCUGUCGAAUUGACAAUAUCACGUCAGAAAGCCUGCAAAAAUCAUCACCUCCAGAACCCAACCUUCCGUGGGAAGAUAUUGUUACGUCUUGGGGUUGGAAAAAGGCUCGACACUCUGCAAGUGGAUCAGAGGAUCUAAACAUACGGCUCGACAACAACCUUGGACUUUACCAGUCUGACGACUACACCAUUGAAGGCGAAAUGAUGAGAAUUUCGGGGUCUUUGUUCAGGAAUUCCUUCAGCGAAUUUGAACUUUCUCUGCACGCCGAGAUUGAUGAAGCAAUUCGUAAAGUUAGAGAUAUUUCUUCCAGGAGUGAAGACACAACAGGAACAAUUGCUUUCUGUGGGGGAGGUGGCACCAUGGCUAGAAUGCUUCAAACAAUGAGAGUGCGAUAUCCCAUGCAUCAAAUUCUAGCCCCGGAUUGUCCAGAUUUGUCUUCUCUUGCUACGGUUAUAGGGUAUCGGCUGCACCUACAGAAGCAAGCACUGGAGAGAUGCGCUGAAGAAACACAGAUGGGAAUGUCAAAAGACAGUUCAUCAGAUGAAAUUGAGUGGAAAGACUUUUCCUUGAUUACGACGUGGCAAUUCCAUUCGAAAGGAAAGGGUAAGCGGCAUUUAUUUGUAGUCACCAGAGGCAACUUGCAACAAAAUCGUUCUAUUGACUACCUCAAAAACAACUUGGAGAAUUUGCCACAUACCUCAGUCUGGCACUUGUUUGUCACUUUGGAUCGACAAUGGCUUCGGGGGCAAGAUUAUUCCAUUCGAGUCACAGCUGACGGAAAGGGAGAUUUUACCUUUGCAGCUUUUGACUCGGACAACCAGAAGAUUGAGGUGUUGCACGACAAAGGAUUUUGA